AAUUGAUUGCAUUAAAAAUAUUUUUAUUGAUAAAGAUUUUUUCCAAAAAAUAAAAUGAUAUGGCUAUGGGUUGUUCUUGGUGUUUUUAUUACUUAUCUUAUGACAUCGUUUAUGUUUUUAAUCAAUCCACACCUACUUCAUGAGAAGAAAAAACAUCCAUUUAAAUGUAAACAUAUAAGUCAUCGAGGAGGUGCUGGGGAAAAUUUGGAAAACACAAUGAGUGCAUUUCGUCAUGCAGCAAGUCAAGGUACAGAGAUGUUUGAAAUUGAUGUUCAAUUAACAGCUGAUUCACAGGUUGUUAUAUCUCACGAUAAUCAUUUGCAGCGGUUAACUGGUGAAGAUUGUUACAUUUCAGAUUUAAAUUAUAACGAUUUGCCUUUGUUACUUCACACUUUGACUGUAACUUUUAAUCCAAAUGAAACUACUACUUGUUCAAACAAUGAUAGAAAGAUACCUUUACUUCAAAAUUUGUUUGACGAGUUUCCAACAAUGCCUAUAAACAUAGAUGUUAAGACUCAUAAUGAAAAUUUAGUGAAUGAAGUUCUUCAACUGGUAGAAAAGUAUAACAGAAAAAAUUUGAUAGCAAUGGGGUCUGUUAAUGAUAAAACUGCAAAAUUAUUGCAUAGAAAAGAAAAAAAUGUUCCAUAUUUUUUUUCUGUUAAGCAAGCUAUUUUACUGGUUGUGUCUUUUUACUUCGGAAUUUUACCUUUUCUAAGUAUUAAAGAACAUUUUUUUGAAAUACCAUUUAUUCGGACAUUUUUAAGGCACCCAAAUAUUCCAAUGUUUUUUAAAGUUAUUUUAUAUAUAUGUGAUUGGUUAUUGAGAAGUCCAACUCUUUACAAGCACCUUCAAAAACGUGGCAUACAAGUUUUCAUUUGGGUCAUUAAUAAAGAAGAUGAUUUUAAAUAUUGCUUUGAAUAUUUAAAAGUAGAUGGAAUCAUGACGGACUAUCCAACAAGAUUAUCCAAAUAUCUUGACAGUAUGAAAAGUGGUUAUAAAACAAUAUCUCCCCAAUAAUAUUUUUAUAAAUGUUUUUUACUUGUAUUCAUUUAUACAAUUUUAUUUAGUUAACUGCUGUAAUUAAUAGGUUAAUGUUGUGAAUUUUUCUUAUUUAAUGUUUUCGAAGAAUUUUAAAUGUUUAUAAUAUUUAUUGUUUAAAAUAUGUUAAUAAAUUUGUGUAUGGUAAAGUUGUUAAACAUUUUGAAGUAUUAUUUUUAGACAGUAUACAAAGUUUUACAAAUGAGAUACAUAUUCUCUUAUAAUUUUUCAAAAAGAGUAUAUAAUUAGUAUAUAAGUAGUAUAUAAUUAUUAUAGUA